UGCCCUCCGGCGGCAGCGACCCCGGGCCCCCGGGCCAGGGCCAGACCGGCAGCAGCAGUGGAGAGAUGACAAGCUGUGCAUUGGACAACAGCCUAACUAACAUCCAGUGGCUGGGAAGGAUGAGCUGUGAUGGCCUGAGUCCUUCCACUGUGAAACAAGAGCUGGAGAAAGAGAACCAGACCCCUGUACAGGUGGAGGGAAUCAAGAUAGAGGAGGAUUCUAGUGCUGUUGCUUCAACCUCCACUUCCUCAUGGCAGGACUCAAUAUCAGAACGGCCCCCCUAUUCUUACAUGGCCAUGAUCCAGUUUGCUAUCAACAGCACUGAGAAGAAACGUAUGACCCUGAAGGAUAUAUACACUUGGAUUGAGGAUCACUUCCCUUACUUCAAGCAUGUGGCCAAGCCAGGCUGGAAGAAUUCUAUCCGACACAACCUAUCCCUUCAUGACAUGUUUGUCCGUGAGACGUCUGCUAAUGGUAAAAUCUCCUUCUGGACUAUACACCCUGAUGCCAAUCGCUAUCUCACGUUGGACCAGGUGUUUAAGCCACUGGAUGCGGGGUCACCAACGUCGCCUGAGCGCUCUGAAUCACAGCAAAAGCGACACAUUUCUGAACUCCAGAAGACUCUGGGAGGCAGCAGCUGCAGCAAAACUGAAGCACAGAAUGCGCGCCGAAAGAUGAAGCCGUUGCUUCCUCGUGUCAACUCUUAUCUGGUUCCCAUCCAGUUCCCUGUAAGCCAGCCUCUUGUUCUGCAGUCCUCUGUGAAAGUACCUCUGUCUGUGGCCCAAGGAGCCUCCCUCAACAGCUCAGAGACAGGUCGGAGCAGCAAGCGUGUGCGCAUUGCUCCCAAGGUCUUGUCGUCUGAAGAGCCAUCCUCCUUCCUGCCUGUGGUGCCUGUCAAGGAGGAGAAUCAAUGUGAGGAAGGGCCAUCCCCAUUUGCUUCAGCCCAGUCAAUGCAGGAGAAUGUCUCUCAGACUGGCAGAGAACCAGCCUCCUUCCCUGAAGCCCUGCACAUAAAGGAGGAGCAUGAGGGCUCAUGUCCUGAUGAAUGGCUUUCCCCACUCCCCCCAGCCUUUUCUAUAAAGGAGGAGCCAGUGCAGCCUGAUGAAGAACAAGGCCUGUUCCUCCCAGUACCACCUGUGAAGCAAGAAAAACACUUCACCAUGCUGAAGUCCCCACCCCGGGGCAUAUCUGACACACUAGUUAUAAAGAGACGGGAAAGGCGGGAAAUGGGCAGGUCAAGAAGGAAACAGCGCCUAGUGCUGCCUUGCUCAGAGGAGCCUCUCCUGGUUCUCCCUGAGAGCAGCAGCUCUGACUCUUUCAGGCUGGCAUCGGACCUUCCCUACCUGCAGGAAACCCAGCCUCUAGAAAACAUGUCACAGCUGAGCUGUUGCCAAGAAGAAGGUGGUCCCUUUAAAACACCUGUCAAGGAGAUGUUCUGCAAGCUGCCAAUUUCUUCCACCCCCAGCAAAGUCCCAGCUGCUACCCCACCAAUGGGGGGGCUCAACCCUUGGAGAUCUGUACCGCUUGCUAAGGAAAACAGCACCCUGGACUUCAGCCCUGUGAGAACACCCCUUCAAGAGAACCUGGAUUUGUUGGGUUUCAACAGCACUCCCUUUAAGAACCCUCUCUUUGAGUCCCCCCGAGAGCUUCUCAAUACAGAAUCCAAUGACAUGGUCUCAGGGCCACUCCCAAGCUCUCCUGCUUCCAAUCCUGAAUCCACCAAACAGUUGUCAUCCCCAGAACUGCCAGCUUCUGGCCUUCCAGAAAACCGCUCACUCAUGGAGGGUCUCGUCUUGGACACCAUGAACGACAGCCUGAGCAAAAUCCUGCUGGAUAUCAGUUUUCCAGGCCUAGAGGAUGACAACCUGGCAACAGAUAUUAGCUGGUCCCAGCUCAUUCCUGAACUGAGAUCGGCUGACAUGAGCUGAGACCUGGAGACUUAUUCUUACACUGCAAUUGAUGCUGGGCUCUACUGAGAUUUGCUCAGAUGGGAUAGGCAGAUCCCAUAGGAUGGCUUUGACUUACAGCCCAUUGUACCCUGUACAGUGUGGAAGUAUCAACACCUGCUUGGUUGCUGCUAUAAGCUCACUUUAUAAGCUGCAAUAGAUGGGGGUCUGGGGCAGGCUGAGACCUCUUAGCUCAGGCCUGAGUUAUUGAAGUUCCUUGUUGAAGGGGAAAACCUCCAGGUAGGUGCUAAAUGGCCCUGACACCCUGGAGGAAGUAAAGACUGGUCCCUCAUAUAUCUGUGGCUUAGAGAAAAGUCCCAGACCUUGUCCUCAGCAACUUAUUCAUCAUAAAAUACACCUUGUUUGCGUUUUUCUUUAGUGUCUUGUCUGUAAGCUUAAUGUCUCUGUAAAUAUUGUACAUUCCUUAAAUUAGUUGUAAUUAUAAAUGUAACGUUAUUCUUGUAGGGUUUUUAUGGGAGUAGAGCUGGGUGGUAAUAGACUUGGCUUUUACUGUCAUCCCCAAACCCUAUUCCCUCUCCCACUCUAAUCUGUUGAGGCCUCAAGAUUACUCUUCUAGGUCGUCUUUGAAUUCAGAAACACACUGGUAUAUAAACCCAUGGUCCUAAAUGUUAUUUGGGGCAGAUAUCUAAAAGAUCACUUCCACAUUCUAUCACGGUGUUUUGUUUUGUUUUUUUAAAUUCUAGGAUCCAGGAAAAAAAACUUGCUCAGUCUUCCUCUCAUAGUUGCAUCCUUCCUGGCUACGGAGGAGGAAAACAGUUUCUCUUAAAUUUAGUUCUGACUUCUCUGAUGCUAUAGCCCACUUAAACAGCUAGCCAGAGUUAUUGCUGCAGCUAAAACUGACUUCUGCUGGAUUGCUUCCAACUGCCCUAAUCAGCGAGACUGACUGAAAUGGUUAAGAGAAUAAUUGCACAGUGAAAUCUCCACUUUAAAAAGUGGUCUCUUGAAACAUGAAAUACACUACUUGUGUUUCUCUCACUGAAGUAUGUAAUAAGGCUGCUGAUCCCAAUUCUCUACAGUUGAUAUAAUAAAAGCAGAAAGUGCCAUAAGAUACCUUACCCUGGUUCUCCUGUUCAAAAACAGCUGUAUGUCACCCAAGCUCUGUUUCUGCCUCCAAUUGCUAUUCACUGUAUAAAGCCAGGGUAAAAAUGC